GGGGCGCGGGGGGCUGUCGGGAUCUGGUGGGCUGAACAGUCUCUUGGCCAAGCAAAUGGCUUCCAGGUGGCCGGGCGUGGGGACCUCAGUGCGCCAGACACCGCUCCAGGACCAGGAACAGCUGGAGGAGGAGGACGGGCCACGGCCUGUGGCCGGCCAUCUGGAGACCUCAGGCGGGGCCCUGGGCUCCCUGUGCAGACACUUCCAGAGAAGGCUGCCUCUGAGAGCCGUCAGCCUCAACCUCGGGGCAGGGCCCUCCUGGAAACGCCUGGAAAGCCCCGGGCCAGGGCAGCAGGGCCUCCAGGCUGCGGCUCGCUCUGCUAAGAGCGCCCUGGGUGCUGUGUCCCAGAGAAUCCAGGAGUCCUGCCACAGUGGCACCAAGUGGCUGGUGGAAACCCAGGUGACAGCCAGGAGGAGGAGGAGGGGGGCACAGAAGGGCCCCCGACUGUCCGGAGCUGCCCCUGCCUACGCGGCCCUGGACCCAUGGGAGAGGGACAGUCCCCGGCUCUCUGCCCGUGGGGGCCCACGCACCUACCCCCUGCGGCGGUCCAGGAGGGAGGCUGCCCUCCGCAGCCCCUACUCCUCCACAGAGCCCCUCUGCUCCCCCAGCGAGUCUGACAGUGACCUAGAACCUGUGGGAGCAGGACUUCAGCAUCUCCAGCAGCUGUCCCAAGAGCUAGAUGAGGCCAUUGUGGCAGAAGAGAGAGCUGAUGGGCCCAGCAGAGCCGGGAGUGUGCGAGGCAUCCCGCCUGCCUGGAGCCAGAGCCGCUGACCUCACUGACCCCAUCAUUAGCCGAGCAUACCGGCCACCUUCCAGCUCCUGGUUCUGGGGGGAUGACCAUGGCGCCCCCACUUCCCUGCUCUGAGCACAGAGGGGGCACAAAGGGAACUGUGUAUUGUGGGAAGCAAGCCACAUCUGACCACCGCGCCCUCACACGAGGAUCCGUGUGUCCCCGUGAGCUCCGAGGACGGCCCUGGGGCCACUGCUAACAAGGACCCAGGUGGAGGCUGCUGGGCGGGGGGGGCCUGCUCCUGCCCUGGCCACAUCUGGUUCUGUCCUUGACCACCCACCCCAGCCCGAGAAUCAUGUGGGGAGAGGCUGGGGUGGUUCACUCACCUCCCCUUUUGGGCUUGGAAACUCACCCCACACUUUGUGGCCACGUCUACAAUGGGAAGCCCGGGUAGCAGAGGUCCUGGGGGGCCCUGAGCUGUGCGCCCAGGAGGCAGACCUUUGAGAAAUCAGCCCCUGGACUGACCAGUUCCAGGGACCCUGGCUCCCGUCCCCGGGCCAACCCCGAGCCCGAGCCCGAAGCCCCUGGGCCCACAGAUCCCUAUUUAUCCCCAGCACAGUGUACCAUGAGUAUGCGGGGAGGGGUAGCACUGGUCAGUGGCCAUUUCUGCUGUCGGCAAAUUAUUUAAGAAAUCUGCUUUGUCAUUUUACUCAAAAAAAAAAAACUACCAGUUGACUUCUCUGGAG